AAAACUCUGCAGGAUGGGUUAAUGAUCCCCAAAUUUAUCAUCUGGAGAUGAAGAAAAUGUUCUUGGUAAUAAGAAGGGUCAGUGGCAGUCUAUUAAUCAAGCGAUAUUACACCAACUAACGUAGCUAGCAUAGAGCUAGCUAAUGCUAGCAUCUAAUGUUAGCUGUCCAGAAUAACGUUAUGCUGAAAUUUUAAAUUACAUGUUUUAAUCCAGCAAGCUGACCUGUAUUUUUUUAACUUUUACUCAAAUGUGCAGGUGAAGCAUUCACAAAGCCUCAGUGUAACCCCUACACACCCCUGGGUCCCAGUACAGGAAGAUGGGACUGUUCUCAUGGCUCAUUGCAAUUGUAAGGCAGGGUUAGGGGAGGUAUGCUCUCAUGCUUCAGCUCUACUCUAUUGUGUGUUGGCUGCGGUUGAUAUCAGGGAUGGGCAGGCUUGCACCCAGAAGCCCUGUGCAUGGGCCCAGCCGAGUAUGGAGUCUAUCCGAGAUGUCCAAUGUGCAGAGAUCCGCAACAUCAAUUUCAGUCACAAACAAGAGGUCUGUCAUGUUCAACACCCUGGUUUUCCUGAUACAAGACCAUCAGAUUAAGAGUGCAGGAUGUUUUUGAGAUGCUUCAUCACAGUGAAAUGCAAGAGUCAAACCCAAAGAAAAGUGCCAUCCUUUCUGUCAUUGAGGGCCACUCCCACAGGUACACAGUAGUGGUGGGAAGUUCGGAUCAUUUUACUGACUUUGAGUCUCGUAAAAUAAUGCAUCGUGAGUUUGUAUGAUUUGAAAUGGUCAUAAACUAUCACACUAGCACUCACAGCAUACAAUUACACUGAACUGUACACACCAAAGGUGAUGCAGCUGGACUUGCCCACUCCUCUAUCAACCCUAUAUUCAAGCACUUGCCUAGAGAUGGACAUGCCCACACUACUUGUUGAGAGUACCAAAGCCUUUGAAAACCUACAUCUGACAUAGCAACAGUGUUUGGUAGUUGAGGAGGAGACCAGGGCAGGAAGAGUCACAGCAUCAGUAUUCAGCGAGGCAGCCAAAGCAAACAGACCUUUGUCUUUGAUCAAAAGGAUAUGCUAUCCACGCUCAUCUCAGUUUUCCACCGAGGCAACAAGAUGAAAAGAAAAGAAAAAGCGAGGGAAAACUAUCGAGCUGUGAUGCAAGAUCACCAAGAAUUCCAGGUUAAAGCUUCAGGGUUUAUCAUCAACCCAGACCUCCCCUGGAUUGGAGCAUCACCUGAUGGCAUGGUAACAUGCACUUGUCACGCUGAUGGCGUUCUGGAGAUCAAAUGCCCAUACAACAGCAGGUACUGCUCACUCACUAAAAGCUGUGAGGAUCCAUCGUUCUGUUUAGGCAUAGGAGAGGAUGGGACAAUGGCACUUAAAACUGGCCACAAGUUCAUGUACCAAGUGCAAGCUCAAAUGCAUGUUGCCGCAGUGAGUUACUGUGAUCUUGUGGUAUGGACCCCGCAGGAGUUUUUCCUCCAGCGGAUCCAGUAUGAUCCUGUUUUCUUCCACAAUGCCUACCUCAAAGUGGUUGAAUUAAUCAAGACCGGAGUACUACCAGAGCUGCUGGGGAAAUGGUAUACAGCACCACGGCAUACUCCCACAGACGCGGCAACCACAGAACAUCCACCUGAACUUGGAUGCUACUGUGGUAAACCUGGUGACACAAAUGACAUCACCUGCACGUCUGGACAGUGUAUGCGGAAGUACUUUCACAGGUCUUGCCUUAAAUUGAUCAGGGUACCAAAGACAUGGAAAUGUGUGGAAUGCAGAAAAAGUGUAGUUAUGCUUUAUUUUUUUAUUUAAAAAUGUACGCUCAAGAGCAUUUAAAGAGCAGCAACAGACAAAAGCAUAUUUAUGGCCUAGUUUUUAUUUAGGUAAAAUAUAUUAUCAUCAUUGAUACAUGUUUGUUUUCUUUUCUUUAUUGAGCUAUGAAAUAAACUGUUAUGCAUUUGGUUAUGUUAUUAUUUUGCUUUGUUUUGAGUUCCACUUUUUAUAUUUUGUUUUUGCAGAACUGUCAAAA